AUGUUCCAACGUUUAAACGAAUUGUUAGCAGAUGUUGAUGAAAAAAUUGAAAAUGAAAGAAAAAUACUAUCCGAAUUUAAUAACGAUAAUUACAAAAAGUCCCUCGUAUGGAGUUUGUGGUUAAAAACUUCUACAAAGACUUCUAAAGCUACUUCAGUUCGGAGCCGCAACAAAUUUGUGAAACCAAAACAGACGAAGUCUCAAGCUAAUCAAAAAGCUGAAGGCAAUCUUAAGAUCACAGAUAUAGUUUCUGAUUGGCUUGCAGGAAAAUCUAAACGAAAAUUUAGACUCAAAAGAUGA